CGCGUCGAUUUUUGGAGGCGUCGUCGACGUCCAUCUUUCUUCACGCGUCCGCGAUGUCUAGCAUAGAGCUCAUAAAUCCAAAGGCGGAGAGCGUCCGCAGGGCGGCAGCCCUCCAGGUUAACACGACGGGCGCGAUGGGUCUCGCGAACGUGGUGAAGGGCAAUCUCGGCCCGCGAGGAACGCUGAAAAUGCUGGUCGAUGGCGCUGGGCAGAUCAAAAUGACCAAGGAUGGGAAGGUCUUGCUGUCCGAGAUGCAGAUCCAGAACCCGACGGCGGCGAUGAUCGCGCGUACUGCAGUCGCACAAGAUGACCAGGUCGGCGAUGGGACUACAUCGGUCGUACUGCUCGUCGGAGAGCUCCUCAAGCAGGCCGAUCGCUACAUCUCCGAGGGCGUCCACCCUACGGUCAUCGCAGAGGGUUUCGAUCUCGCGAAGAAGGAGGCGCUGAAGUUCUUGGACACCUUUAAGCAGCCGUCCAAGCUCGAUCGCGCAACUCUGGUGAACGUCGCGUACACCUCUUUGGCUACCAAGGUCAACAGUGCCAUGGCCAAGCACUUGUCUUCCGCUGUCGUCGAUGCUGUCCUUGCGAUCCGUCGUCCUCCUCCCCCAGAAGACGCGAAGGAUCAGUGGAGGGAGCCCAUUGAUUUGCACAUGGUUGAGAUCAUGAAGAUGCAACAUCGGACAGCCAACGAGACGCAGCUCGUGCGCGGUCUCGUCCUCGAUCACGGUGCCCGUCACCCCGACAUGCCGAAACGCGUCGAGAAUGCCUUCGUCCUCAUUCUGAACGUCAGCUUGGAAUACGAGAAGACCGAGGUCAACUCCGGCUUCUUCUACUCCUCGGCUGAGCAGCGGGAAAAGCUUGUCGAAGCUGAGCGUAGAGCCGUCGACAACAAAGUCCGCAAGAUCAUCGAGUUCAAGAACCUUGUCUGCGACCAGGCCGUCGACAGCAAGGAGAAGCGGAAGAACUUUGUGAUCAUCAACCAGAAGGGUAUUGAUCCUAUGAGCUUGGACAUGCUCGCGAAGAACGGCAUUCUCGCACUGCGUCGCGCAAAGAGGCGCAACAUGGAGCGCCUGCAGCUCAUCUGCGGUGGCGAGGCGCAGAACUCCCUCGACGACCUCAACCCCUCCGUCCUCGGCUGGGCCGGCCUCGUUUACGAGCACACUCUCGGCGAGGAGAAGUUCACCUUCGUUGAGGAAGUCAAGGACCCCAAAUCCGUCACUCUCCUCAUCAAGGGCCCGAACGCGCACACCAUUCAGCAGAUUCAGGAUGCCAUCCGCGACGGCCUGCGCGCGGUGAAGAACGCGCUUGAGGACCAGGCGCUCAUCCCCGGCGCGGGCGCUUUCGAGGUCUCGUGCGCGGCGCACCUCGCAGGGCCGGUGAAGCGCAGCGCGAAGGGGCGCGCGAAGAUGGGCGUGCAGGCGUUCGCGGACGCGUUGUUGGUGAUCCCGAAGACGCUCGCGCAGAACGGCGGCUUUGAUGUGCAGGAUGCUAUCGUGGCGCUGCAGGACGAGCAGGCGGAUGGCAACACCGUCGGUCUCGAUCUUGAGUCUGGCGAGCCGUUCGACCCGACGGUGGAGGGGAUUUGGGACAACUACAGGGUGAAGAGGCAAAUGCUGCAUUCAUGCUCUGUCAUUGCUGUCAACCUGUUGUCGACUGACGAGAUCCUGCGCGCGGGCAGGAGUUCGUUGAAGCCAGACGGUCCGGGCUAAGAAACAAAAUUUGUAUCAUAGUCGAAGGUGCUUGUAGCGAUUGUAUUCAUCUUACUGACCGUCUUUAAUCGUGCGCGAUGGGCAAUCUUGCGACCUGUAUUCGUGGAUGAAUCAAGGUUCUGCCAUGAAGACGCACAAGUGAAACCCGGGCCUGAUGCCUGUGCGAGCAUACUGUUGACGCA